AUGGGUCCCUCGGGCGCCUUCCUCGGUAUCCUGUUCUUCUCUGGGGCACUGGGUCUCACCACUUCCCCAGCCAGAGGACGACUCCAGUGUUACACCUGCAGCUUUGCCAAGCCCUGCAACCCGGUGCUCACAGAGUGCCAGGAGGACGAGGUGUGUGGCAUCAGUGUUGGCACCUCAGAUCAGGAGGAUGAGGUCAUCGAGCGGAAAGGCUGCCUCCCUAGGACCCAGUGCCCUCUGCUGGGCCGUGCCACAUACUGGUCACAGCCUUACGCUCUCCGCCACAAAUGCUGUGAGCAGGACCUGUGCAAUACGGCAGCCUCGCAGCGACUCCCAAGCCAUCCCCACGCCACCCUCCUGCUCCUUGGUGCCAUCUUUGCCUGGGCUGCACAUAUCUUCAUCUAG